AUCAGUUCACAUCUCCGUCCAUCCGCAGGACUGGAGGUUUCACCGGGGAGGUAAGGACCAACGAGGGAAAAUAACAGGCGAUAAAUGAAGAGUGUUACAGAGGCAGUUCACCAUGGAGGAUUUAAGUUUACGUUCCUAAGGAGCUUUUUGAUCAAGAAAUCUUUAACAAGAAGAGUCAAAGAAGUGACGGAUUAAGUUUUUUCUUUUCUUACAGCAGAAUAUUUUCAGUCAAGAAGCAAAAAAGAGUUUGGGGGCCAUGGACUGACAGAGAGGCCCUGCUAGAGACAACAUGGUCACACUAAAACACAACUAACACAGAGAGAUUAAAGAAGAUUUCCCAGGAUUAUCUUGGGGGGGGGGGGAAAGGCGUUUAAAUCUGUGUCUCAUCCAUAGAGUCACAAAAAAGAAAUUUUUUGUAAUGUGCCCUGGUGUCUAGUCCUAAAAGUUCAGCUGGAGCCACCAGCCGAACUUCAUUAAUAAUGAUAUUAAUGACAGUCAAGUCAGUUUGUAAAAUCUUCCCAUAAACAAGUAAAGGAGAUUUUUUUUUUGUGAACUGAAAGAGCAUUCAUCAAGGAUAAAUGUUGCCAUAUGUUGUUAAAGUUUCUUGACAGAUAAAGAAGCCUACUUAGCUUGCAGAAUGUACUACAUAAUACUAAAGUCCUCUUUGCCUUUCUGAUGUUGCCCAGUCACUGAUCUAAUACCACCUCAGACAGAAGUUCAGGUCAGGGGAUUUCUGGACAUUUCAGUUCCCAAGAAGACCAAUAAAAACUAGUUCUUUCUUCACAAAUGAAUCAGCCUCAGAGUAUCUUAUCCUGCUGCUGACUCCUUUUUGAAAUCACAGAUGUUACUAUCUAGCUCUGUUGGCUGUGCUUAUUCAUCUAUGAUAUCAGAUUUGUGAUUGCUUCCUGCUUAAAGCUGGCAAAUCAACUCUUAAAAACCAAACCAAAGCAUCUGCCCCGACCUGUCCGAUCUGUUACUGCCUCCCUCCUACUUGCCUUAAAUUCCUCUGUGUUGUGUCCACCUUUCGCCGUCCCACCUCCCCUGCCUCCCUCCUCCGUCUCGUGGCCAUGCUCGAGCAUCUGUCCCGCCGCUCCCGAUCCAUGCUUUCUCUGACGUUAACCUCUUUGGCUCUGGCCCUGUCCAUCCUGGCUCUCUGCACCUCCUACUGGUGUGAGGGCACCCACAAGGUGGUCAAGCCUCUCUGCCUGUCACCCGUCAAAAUGAAGAACUGUGGCCAGAACAACAGUGAGCCUUACACAACAGAGAGCCCCACACAAAACCCUUUCAACCGCACGUUGUCUCCAGCCAGAAGAGAUGAGCUGGACAAGAUCAGACAAAGACAGCUGGCCAAUGCUGUACACUACAUCUGGGAGACAGGGGAAGACAAGUUUGCCUUCAGAUAUUUCCAUACAGGCUUCUGGGAAAGCUGUGAAAAGCAGAAUGAUGGAGAGGUGUGUCGCAGCUUUAUCGACUUAACUCCAGGGGAUACACAAGGUGUGCUUUGGCUGUCGGUUAUUUCUGAGUUUACAUAUAUUGGCCUGCUGGGGAUGGGCUUCUUACUGAUGUGCCUGGAAGUCAUGUGCUCCCAUAAAGAGAUGCACGCACUAAAAAUCAAUGCCUUCGCAGCUAUUUGUACUGUGCUAUCAGGUCUUCUUGGGAUGGUAGCACAUAUGAUGUUCACCACAGUAUUUCAGAUGACAGUCAUCGUGGGCCCUAAAGACUGGAGGCCUCAGUCCUGGGAUUACGGCUGGUCAUUUGCCCUCGCCUGGGUAUCCUUUAGCUGCUGCAUGGGGGCUGCUGUCGUCACACUCAACUCCUACACAAAGACUAUCAUUGAGAUCCGUCGCAGGCAAAGACUCCGCUUGGACGAAGCAAGAGCUGCUGCUCGAGCCCCAUCAUACGAUGAGGUGGUUCCAGGAGGAGGGCUGUACUCCGUUAGCGGCCUGCUGCACUGUCCGGAUGGGAUGAUUGAUGUGGCUUGGGCCCCGAAUGGUAGCGUGGUCGGAGUGGGAAACGGGGACGUACCGACACUGGUUUUAGUGGGAGGCUGUGGCCCAGAGGGGUGUGAGGACUGCGAGCGUGAGAGGGACCAGAUGGGAGUGGUCUUGGAUCGGAUUGAUUCACCUUGUUAGGAGGGACGGCUAUUCACAUAAACUAAAAGAGCGAAAAAAAUCAGUAAAAAUAAAACUCUGCAUUGUUGCAGUGAUCAGAGAUGCAGGUUUGCUUUGACUUUUGAUUCGUUGGAACACAUUUAUGAGUCAAAGGUCAAACAAAUUGCUAAACAGAAGUGGAAAGUGGAGUUGAAUCAAGUCACCAAAAUGGAGGCUUCUUGCUUUGUGACUUGCACUGAGAGAAACAUCCAACCUUCACUUUGCAUCAACCUGUGAUGUUUGCUGUGUGACUGCAAGUAGCAAGUGACUGCUCGAGUCCAAGAUUGAGGUAUAUUUGGAGUUUGAAAAGGUCUGUCAUGGGAAACCUUUCUCAGUUCUUAAGUUUUGACACAUAGAUGCUUAAUAAGAUGGUUAAUAAACAAUAGAACAAAGAAAAGGUUCUGCAAUGGAGGCAGCAACGAAAAAAAGAAAUCACUGGAAAAUUAUCCCACCAUAAAUAUCCCAUUUUAAUUGUAUUAAAUUAUUAAGUUCACAUUCAAAAAAGACAUAAGUGGGUCUGACAGGCUGCAAAUGACGCCCACUCAGUUAACUCAUAUCAAGACGUGAAGACUUCGAAGCAAAUCUGCAUGUCAUGUGUGUCUGUGCCUGAUGAUAACAAAACAAAUGUAUUUUUCCACAUGUAAAAAUGGUUAAAAUGUUUACUGUAUUGGUUACAAUGGACGUCCACAUAUUUGCAGUUCAGUAUAAGCAAACUCACAUAUUUGCAAAUAUUUUGUGGCAUGUGACUCAAAAUUAUUAGUGGAAUUAAGUUUUUGCUAACUAAGAUGCGAAAAAAAAUAGAGCAUGGGAAGAUAAAACACCAAGGCACAACAGUACUGGAUGAUGUUUGCAAAGUAGUCAAUUCUUGUCGCUGACUGGCUGAACUCUUAAGAGCAGAAACCUGGAAGACUGAAAGUAUUAGUUUUUGUGAACAUACCAAGAUUGUUUUGACUGUGCGUUUUAAAUCAUAUUUAGGGAUAUUUGGAGUUUGAACUAUUAAAAUGGGCGAUUAUAAGCGUUUUAGAGAGGAAUUUAAAUAUUCACAGAUUUUGGUGAUUUUGGCACCGGCGGUUCACUAUACACCUUCAAGUCAGCAAUUUAUGUCACAUUUUGUCUCAACAGUAUAUAGAAUAUCUAAUAAUUAAUCUGAGCUGGACAUUGAACUUGAUUCUUUUUUCAGCGUCUGCUUUAUCUGAUGACAAACUUACGUCAAAUGAUGAACCUUCAACCAAAAGAGCCACCAAAUACAGUUUUUGUGUGAAGAUGAGCAGACAGAUCCACAGAGAUAAAAUGAUUACAGAGAUUUUGGAAAAGUCUGCUCUCAUGUUGAACAGAAGAUUAUGUGUAAACCAUUAAUCCUGAGUUGGACGGAGCAGAGAAGAGACAUGCUGAGGGGACAGACAGGACCGAGUUGUUGGGGGGUCAGAAUGAAAGUUGGAAAGAAAUUCUGGCACACUUUUCAAAAAGAGACUGACUGCAUGCACUCAUGCACCCAGCUUCACCGUAACGUCAAAUAAAUCCAGGUUUUGUACAUGUGCUUGCAAUACUUACUGAGUUUAACAAAAGAUUAUGUAGGCAUUAAUUCACAGAGCUAGAUAAAAUGGCAUAAAUGUACCUUCAAUAUCUGUAGGUUACACUUUUGAGAUUAUCCAGGAUUUACUGUUGGAGAUUAUACAAUUGAAAACAAAAAAAAACUAAAGAAAAAAGAAAAAAAACUAAAGCGCCAUUUUUGUCAGCCACAACAAUAAUGGUAUAAAGUAAGUUUCUGGGUCAAAAAGGAGAUUAGUGGAACAGAUAAAUAAAUUGAUUUCCAAACAACA